GCCCUUCCCCACCCCCAGACCAACAGCCCCCCGCCUGCCGCCGGGUGCGUGAAACGGCGGGUGGCCCGGGUGCUCCACCCCCCCGCGCUUCCCAUGUUGGAGACGCUGCUUCGGGAGCUGGCGCCCCACGCCGAGGUGCGCUGGUCACAGGUCGCGACGCGGUGUCCGGAAGCGGACGUCGUGCGGCUUCGCACGGCUGGUGAAACGGGCCGAGCGCCACAGCACGGGGUGUGAGCACGGCUGGCCACCAACACCGGAUGAACUGCGAUUGGUGUAAAGCUGCUGUGUAAAGAGGUUGGCCAUCCACUUCUGCGUCAGCGCCACUUCAAUUUGAACGACGCACCACUUCCAGCGCCAGUCAAGCUCUUCUGUACUCCUCAAGGUCUGGUCGACAAUGCAAGAACAAGUGAGGGAACUGGGAGGUUAUUCCACAAGGAGACGAGGACAUGGUCAAACAUGGUGAAACACCAAACAAAUUCAAGUGUCCAAAUACGUGUUUUGGAGCCUUUUGAGCUUUUCAAUUGAUUCUCUAGAUGUGAAGCUGAAAGGAGUGUAGCUUCGGAAGGUCUUCCGUGCCACCGACAUGUUGGGAGACAUGACAAACCCUAAGUGGACCACGAUGGGGAUGAACUGGCGAUGGGGGAUGAACCCUUAGCUUAACUGCUAGGUGCUGAUUCUUAUACACUUUCGCGUUUGGUGUUUCACUAUGUUUGACCAUGUCGGUUAAUCAAGGAGACGAGGACAUCAAAAGGCUCUCAUUGGAAUUCCUCCAGGAGAGGCCAACAAGGAAAUCAUGAGUUCUUUUUCCGAAUUUUUCAGAAUCCUUCAUCAAGGAUCUGAGAAAGUAGACUUCCUCUCUGGAUUUCUUUUUUCGGUUUCGCCUCGCAUCUCCCAUCCCCACGAGGACAGCGUGGUGAGCUACUUAUCCGCCGCACUGGCAGAUGCCACCACUGAGGAGGAGGUCCGAGAAUGUUGCGAAGGUUGGUUGGAUGAGGCCGAAGCCAGCGGCCUCCAGCGCCUCUGCGCCGCGCUGAACCUGACUGCUCCGGAACCCGCGGCGCCGGAACCCGUGCCGCCGGCACCAGCGCGCCACUGUCUUGGGUAUCCCACUGGGCUCACGCAGACGGAGGAGCCGAUGGAGCCGGUGGAGGAGGAGGGGGCCAAGAGCAAGGUGAAGGGCCGUGCGAAGAAGAAGGCGAAGGAGGCGAAGGACCUGAAAAGCACUGCAGAACCGGCACCCUGGGAGUCCUUGGUGGAGGUGAAGGCGCGCGUCUCCCGGUUCCACCGCGAAGCCGUGGAGGACGAGAUCAGCGCGGCGAUCGCCGAGGUGGACGUUCAUGACCUUUGCAUCUCUGUCGCCGGAAGGGACCUGCUCAAGGACGCCCACCUGAAGCUGUGUCCUGGGCAGCGCUAUGGCUUCGUGGGCCGCAAUGGCUGCGGCAAGUCCACGCUCUUCAGGUCCAUGGCGUCUAGGCGGAUCCCCGGCUACCCACCGAACUGCGUGACGCUGCUCGUGGACCAAGAGGACGUGGGAGACGAGCGCUCCGCGGUGGAGACGGUGCUGUCCGCACACCAAGAGCUGGGAGAACUGCUGGAAGAGGAGGCCUCACUGGCAGAUCAGGAUGCUCUGAAGGCUUUGCAGUCGCACCGGCACUUGAUGGCCAAGCGGGCCUUGUUCAAAGCCACGAUGUAUGAGAGCAAGCUCAGUGGCUUGCGCGGAAAGGCCGCGCGCGAGGCCUUACUGCUGGCGGAGGACGAGGAACGCCAGGCCGCCGCAGCCUUGGCCGAGCCCAAAGGCUUGGCUGCAGCGCCGGAGGAGGAGGCGCGGGCGGUGCAGCUGCUGGCGGACGUCCGGGAUCGGCUGAGGAGCUUAGGCGCCGAGGCCAUGCGAGGCCAGGCUGAAGUCUUGUUGAAAGGCUUGGGCUUCGUGACGGCAGACCUGCAACGCCCCACGCGGCUGCUCAGCGGCGGCUGGCGCAUGCGGGUGGCCUUGGCCAAGGCACUGCUGGCCAAGCCCAACGUGCUUCUCUUGGACGAGCCUACGAACCACCUGGAUUGGGAAGCAAUCCUUUGGCUCGAACGAUACCUGAUCUCGGACGAGCUCUCAGAGGUGGCGCUGGUGGUGGUCUCGCACGACCGGGACUUCCUCGACAAGGUCAGUACCACAACGCUGCGACUGUUUGACAUGAAGCUGCAAAUCCAUGCAGGCAAUUACUCUGCCUUCGAGGAGGCGCAUCAGCGAGACCAGCAGCACCGUGCCGAUCUGGCAGAGAGGCAGCAGGAUAAGCAGGACAAGAUGGAGAAGCAGAUCAAGGAGAUGGAACAACGGGGCAGGAAGACCAACAACGACAACCUGUUGAAGGCCGUCGCCAGCCGAAGGACCAAGAUGGGCCUGGAUGACAAGCCCUGGUCCUUCAACCGCGUGGGCCUGGAGCGCGCGGGAGGCCACAAGUUCAAGUUCAGCUAUGCCACACACUUCGAAGCGAUGGAGCAGGCCACCGUUGAGAACAAGGAGCAGGCGGUCCACUUGAAGUUGAAGGCGGCCGCGCCGCUGCCCUUCGAGGCCGCGCUGCUGCAGUGUCGAGAGGUGCAGGUGGGAUAUGACAAGACAGCGCCGCUGGUGAGGAAGUUUGAUCUGGACGUCCGCGCGCAGUCCCGCAUAGGAAUUCUUGGGGUGAACGGCAGUGGCAAGACCACGUUGCUGCGAACUUUGGUCAACCAGCUGCCGGUGCUGGCGGGGGAAGUCUACCAGCAACCCCGUGUUGUGGUGGGCUUCUUCGAUCAGCACCAGGCGGAUGACCUGCCGGUGGAUGCAACGCCCCUGGCGGCCCUUUGCGAGCGUCAGCCGAACCUGAAAGAACAGGAGGUCCGUGCUCAUCUUGGCAGCUUCGGCCUAGGGCGCCUGGCGGUGCAACCCAUCAGGUGCCUCUCGGGCGGCGAGCGGAGCCGCGUGGCGCUGGCGGCCGCCACGCUCCGGGCGCCCCACAUGCUGGUGCUAGAUGAGCCGACCAAUCACCUAGACCUUCAGACCGUCGAAGCCCUUGGAGCAGCCCUCAAGGACUUUGAGGGCAGUGUGGUGGUGACCAGCCAUGAUCGACGACUCUUGAGGGAAGUCUGCAGUGACUUCUACGCGGUGAAAGACAGGCAACUCCAGCGGACUAGUUUGGAGUCCUUCGUGCGCUCCCUCCGGUGACAGGGGGCAUUUUUCAGGGAGUGCUCCUGACUAGGGCAUGAAGUUAGGUAGGGUGA